AAGCUAAACUCAUCUCUCUCUCUCUCUGACUUUUCAGUUCAUGUGUUAGUGUCUCCGCCAUUUCUUUGUCUCCAAGAACACCAUCUCCUUCACCCAUCUUCUUCUUCCCCUUCCUCAGUUGCACAGCCAUAAGAUCUCUAAGCCCUCGUACUUAGCCUCUUCCUUUUCGAAGCUGGGUUCGGCGGUUUCCUCAGUUCCUUGAGCUCAACUCCAUAAAAACCUCCAGAUCAUGUAAAAGUUCGUCGCAUCAACCCCAGAAUUCUCCAACCCAAAUCUCGAAAAACCCAAAAAAACUUGUUCAUGUUACAGUGGAGCUAUCUAUCUAUUUGUUCUUAGUCUAAAGUGGCUCGUUUCGUUUCUCCAAUUAUUCCUUAGAGACACAUUUAGAAAAACCUGCACAGCAUGUAAUACCUGCCCUUUUAGCCUCUCACUCCAGGACCGCAAAAAAAUUUCCAAAAAAAAACUUAUCAUUACCCUAGUCAUGAUUUGUGCAUAGUCCUUGGUGUCUACCAUUUUAGUGUGGUGAGAAUCCUGGAAAAGAUCGAGACGAAAGUGUGAGGACAACACUAUAAAAUCCUGCGAAUCAUGUAACAGUCGCCUCUGUCUCUCUCUGUCUUGUUCCAAGCUAUCCUCCCCAAAAAUAAAAAACCCAAAAAAACAUCUUAGUUUACUAUCUUUAGCCGGUAAGUUCUCAAGAAAAAAGGAAAAAAAAAGUAGAAAGAAAUGCCAGAAUCGCCGACGGCAGCAUCAGCGCCGGCGACGCCGGGGACGCCGGCGCCGCUGUUCCCAGGGAUGAGGGUGGACUCGCUGUCUUACGACCGGAAGUCAAUGCCGCGGUGCAAGUGCCUCCCGGUGACUGCUCCCACGUGGGGCGAGGCCCAUACGUGCUUCACCGAUUUCCCCGCUCCUGACAUCUCCCUCACCCGCAAACUUGGAGCUGAAUUUGUGGGGACCUUCAUCCUGAUAUUCGCAGCGACGGCAGGACCAAUUGUGAACCAGAAGUACACCAACUCUGAGACACUGAUCGGCAAUGCGGGGUGCGCGGGGCUCGCGGUAAUGAUCAUCAUCUUGGCAACCGGACACAUCUCGGGAGCUCACCUGAACCCCUCCCUCACCAUUGCCUUCGCGGCCCUCCGCCACUUCCCUUGGGUCCAGGUCCCUGCCUACAUUGCCGCCCAGGUCUCGGCCUCGAUAUGCGCUUCGUUUGCUCUCAAGGGUGUCUUCCACCCAUACAUGUCGGGCGGCGUCACGGUUCCUUCUGUCAGCCAUGGCCAGGCCUUCGCGCUCGAGUUUUUGAUCACUUUCAACCUCUUGUUCGUCGUCACUGCCGUUGCCACCGACACUCGUGCAGUUGGAGAGUUGGCUGGAAUAGCUGUUGGAGCCACGGUUAUGCUGAACAUUCUUGUUGCAGGGCCAUCUAGCGGCGGUUCAAUGAACCCGGUGCGCACCCUCGGCCCCGCUGUGGCGGCCGGGAACUACAGAGCCCUGUGGAUAUACCUGGUGGCCCCGACGCUCGGAGCUCUGGCCGGAGCCGGCACCUACACGGUCGUCAAGCUCCGCGACGACGAGGCCGACCCGCCACGCCCCGUCCGGAGCUUCCGGCGCUAGAGAGGAGUGCUCUCUUGUUUCCCCCCACACAAGUACUAUAUGCUUAGCGUAUGCCAAAAUGGUCGUUUGAGACUGUUCCAUUCACUAUCAUGGGUAUUUUGGUGGGUGAGGGAGAAUCGCUGUGGGUGAUAAAGGGUCUUCAAAAAGAGAAAAAGAUAAUAAAAAAAAAAGUUAGUGUGGAAGAAUAAUGUAAGUUUGAGAGCAUGGAAUGGAUGUGACCUAAAGUCCACGCUCUACAGUUUGGGAAUGUCUGGGCUUGAAUAAGUUGGUGGGCACUGGUAAUGCGAUCGUGACGCGGGUGACCCAUUGGAAUCACUGAGUCACUGACUCGGAUUCGAUGUGUGUUGUUUUUUUUUUGCUAGAAAGAUGUGUGUUUUUUGUUUCAGUGUGUUUGUCUUCUACCGAGAGCUCUGGUGUCUGGGCUCUUCCUUCUGCAGUCGUGUUGUGUUUGGGAACGGCGAUGACUGUUUAUAAAUAAUUAAAGUGCAGUCGCACAUACGUGUGGGAUUUCUGUGUA